AUGGAGCCAGGCUCGCUGGUGGCAUCUGAGGCAUUAAGGGCCCAGGGGGGCUAUCGGAGACCCCUGUGCAGCCAGGAGAUAAGGCUGGACCGAGAGAGCUCUGGCUCCCCGCUGGGCUCUGAACUUGUGAUGGCUCCUGAGCCCAGACACCAGCAUGGUGGCUCUGAAAAUAUGGCCCCAUCCAGGCAAAGCUGGGACCCAGGGGGGAUCGCGGGGCCGGCGGAGCGGGGCUGGAGGGGGGCUGAUCCCAGCCAUGCGGCUUCUCUGGCUGGCAGGAAUUUUGCCCGCGGAUCCUGUCGAUGGGGCCAGAGCUGCCGCUUCUCGCAUGACAGAAAGUCAGCCCACAUCUGCAAGUACUUCCAGAGGGGAUUUUGCAGCUACGGAGAGCAGUGCAGCUAUGAGCACAUCCAAGAGGAGCCGGUGCCGGUGGGGACCCGCUAUGGCCCCAUGCCCACCGUGCCCACCGUGCCCCCCAGCCGCUGGGGCUCGGAGCCUGGCCGUGUGCCUGCGGCAGCAGCCCAGGGCUGGGGGGGAGCCCAGCAUGGCUUGGUCCACCCUGUCCCCACUGUGACGCACGUGGCCUUCAAGUUUGCAAGCAUGAAGGUUGAGGAGGAAGAGAAAAACAAGGAGAAUAUUACAGGACCUGGUAACGUCCCCCGUGGGGCCAUCGGUGGAGAAUUUGUCCCUGCACAAGCUCAGGGUGCCUCAGGCUCCCAACCGCAAGGGCAAGGGCUGGAUCCAAAUUCUCCUGACCCCAGAGAGGCAGUGGUGGAGACAGCUACAUGGACUGACCCUGCAGAGGUCCUGACGGAGCCGGAUGCUGCGGCAGCCCUGGUCCCCACCAUGGCACUGAGGACCCAGAGUGAGGCCGUGGUGUGUGGCAUCUGCAUGGAUCGGGUGUACGAGAAGCCACUGCCGGAGGAGCGGUUCUUUGGGAUCCUCCCAAACUGCAGCCAUGCAUACUGCGUGGGCUGCAUCCGCAAGUGGCGUCGCAGCCGGGACUUCCAGAGCACGGUCAUCAAGGCCUGCCCGGAGUGCCGGGUCACCUCCAGUUACUACAUCCCCCACAAAUACUGGGUCUCAGAUGCGGGUGAGAAGGAGAAGCUCAUCGAAACCUUCAAGGCGCGGACGGGGAAAAUGAGGUGCAAGUUCUUUGUCCAGAACCACGGGCGCUGCCCAUUCAAGUCAGACUGCAUCUACCUGCAUGAGCUGCCUGCCGGCCAGCUGCCAAGGAUACCCAUCGAGUUCAGCCCUUCCUUGGAGAGCUUUGACGAGGAGGAUGACGAGAUCUGCGUGCUUGAAUGGGCUGUCACCCUGACGGAGGCAGACUUUCGGUACUCACGUGACGGCUACGAGAUGCUCUUCAACUUCAGCAACUCCAACUAAGCCACGCUGUGCCCCACUGGGCCUGGAUGCUGUUGAUGGCAAGGAAGUGUCUUCUGGGAGGGGGAAGCAUCUGCUUUUGAUGUGUUCAGCUGCUCCUGGCACUGGUUUGGGGGAGCUCUGGGCAUGCAGGGUGUUGCAGGGAUGGGGUCGGAUGGGAAAAUA